AUGUUUUUUUUAAUAAAAACAAUUUUAUUGUUAUUACCUUUACUAAACCAAGCUGAAAGAUUAAAACUUUAAGGAGCGAAGCCAUUAUAUAUGAACUGCAUGUAAAUAAACGAAAGAGAUAAUGGCUUUGUGGGAAGCUAGUACUUUUAUGAAUCCCUUUCAUAAUCUGAAAAUCUGGUAAAUCUUGAUAAGAUUACAUAUACCUUAUGGAUAAACAUAUACUAAAAACCGAAAUUGACUGGAAGGUAAAUUUUGUUUGCAUUUGUCGAUGGUAACACAAAUAAUCCUUAUCUUAAUUUAAUGUUGUAUUACUAAUCCUCUGCAGAAAAUUAUAAUCUAACAUUAUCGAAUUCGAAAUAUACUUCAGAUAUCCUUAACCUAACACGGUAUACGGAUCUUUAAAUCAACAGUUGGUAUCAUAUCGUAGUGUCUAUAGAUUAGAGCACAAGUAAUACUUUUAUCAAUUUGAAAUUUUUUUCAACAUAUAAUUGGAAGAUGAAUUCGAUUCAAGAUACUCUAGUGAAUUAAAAAUUAAAAUAUAAUUUUGGGGUACAUUCUAGAAUAACAAAUGAGUAAUUAUAUAAGUCUUCUAAUGAUUACAAGGCAUGUGUGAAUAUUGCUAAUUUCUAUUAUAUCAACGGAUGGACAACAAUGGAUUCAGAUAUUUAUUUGGACUAUGAUUUAGAAUUGAAAUUCUUUUUAAAGCCUUAUCAACUCAAAGGUCUUAAUGUAUCCGAUUAAUAUAUGAAUGUAAAUCUUAGAAAAUAGUCAAACCCAAUAUUUUAUAGUGAUUCUAUUGGAUUGCUGUUAUUUAAGAAUACACAAAUUGUGUACACUUUUAUGGAGGAUCUAGUUUCCCUAACUAUGAUGUUUUGGAUUAAACCAUAAAAUAUAGUAUCGCUUUUUUAGUUUAUUUCUUUGACUGAUGAUGUAUUGAAACAAGUAAGCCUAGGUUUUGGUGUCAAUUUUGACUAUAAAUUAUAAUUUCAUUAAAAUUAUGGUAAUUCCGCAUUAGGUUUACUAACCGAUAGCACUUGGGCUCAUGUGACAGCUGGUGUUUUGGAGCUAAGUUAUGAUGCUAAUUUUAUACCAACAAAUUAAAAAAAACUAUUAACAGUGUAUAUUGAUGACAAUUAGGUAUAAUAGAAAACAAUUAACAACGUAAUUGCAUUUAAAAGAUUGAUAUUGGGACCUACAGCUACUGGUAAUUUUGGAGCAGAAAUGAUUGAUAUUUAAGACAUCAGAAUAUUCAAAGGGUAUGGAAUUUAAACAGGCAGAGGGGAUUGUUUAUUAUUUGUUGGAGCAUUUUGUGCAUUCUGUUAACCUAAUACUCAUUAUUGCAAAGAGCAAGAUCCAAAUGAUGAUAUAAUUAUCUAUAAUUGUACAGCUGGCUUUAAAGAAACAUAGAGUGGUUGUUUUCCUAUAGCAAUCUAGAAUUGUCUUAGACAAUAAGGAUCAGGUUGUAUAAAUUGUGCAGAUAAUUAUUAAUUAUAAAACGGCUAAUGCUAAUAAAUUAAUCCUUUAUUCUCUCCAUAUAAUUGCUCAGAUUCUAAUGCAAUAUUUUGCAAAAGAAACAUAACGAAUCCAAUAAAUAACAAGAUUGAAUAGAGCAAACUUUGUAAAAUAGAUUUUAACAUUUAGAAUAGUGCAGCUUAUUGCCAAAAAGAUUCAUAAAAUAAUUGCUAGUAGGCUUAAUUCUAUAAAAAAUGUUAUAAAUGCAAAACUGAUAACUACUUAACAGAAUAAAAUACCUGUCAAAGUACAUGUACUCUAAAUAACAGAUUUUAGUAAAAUCAAGUUUGCUUAAAAAAGUGUCCGGGAAAAUAUUUUUACAACUACAGUUGUUUUAAUACAAAUUCAAAUCCUAAAUACUAGUGUAAUAGUGCGAAUAGUUGCAAUAAUAGCGAAAAAAAUAUUGGUUAUUAUUGUCUAAAUGAAUAAGAAUAAAGUGGUCAGUACUAAAUAUGUGUAUGGCAUAACAAUAGAUAGUGGUAUUCUCGAACAUAUAAUGAUUGCGACUAAUCCUGUAAAUAUUGUUUUGGUGGAAAAGAUACUCAAUGCUUGGGCUGUUAUGAUAAUAAAUUCUUUAGUCCUUAUGACACAAAAUGCGUUAGUGAUUGUAAUACUCUUAGUUUAUUUAAAUAUAAUAAUCGAGAUACUAUGGUUUGUGAAUUAGAAUGUCCACCACCAUAUUUAACAUAGGGAUUAGAAUGUGUGAAGUCUUGUACAAAUGGUUAUGCUAUUUAUAAUAACACAUAAUGUUUACAAUAAACUCAAGUUACAGAUAAUUUCAUAGAGACUUAGUAUAAUUCUUCACAACCAAAAACUAUAUUUGCUAAUUGUCCUUAAGUUUGCUAAACAUGCACAAGUUAUACAUAUUGUACUAGUUGUCUAAAUCAUUAUAUUUUAAACUAAAAUAAAUGUCCUACCACGUGCUACCCACAAUAUCUCUAUAUUGAUGAAUAUGGUGUGAGUGUCUGUUUAAUUAAUUGUGAUUCAUCUGAUUAUGUAUAUGAUAACGCUAAUAUUGAUGGAUAUUAAAUUAGACAAUGCUUCAAAAUUAAAUGUGGCUCCAUUUAGAUUAAUAAGAAGUAAUAAACUUAUUUACACUAAACUAAACCUCUAAUUUGUGUGUAUCCAUGUGAAGAUCAAUAUUAUGCUCAAUAAAACACAAAUUAAUGUGCUAAAUGUGACCCUAUUUGUUAAAAUUGUUAAAACUCAGCAACAUUUUGUACUAAAUGCUGGCCAGAUAAAUUUCUUUAAGAUAAUAGUUGUUUCGUUUCUUGCGAUUCUAAAUUUAAAAAUUAUAUCAAUAAUCAGUGCGAAGGAUCGUGCUCCAGCGGAUUUACUAUCAAUGACAAAGUUGCUGGCAAUAUUAUUUAGGCCUGUGUCAAAUUUUGUGGGCAUAUAUUUUCUUAAUUUACUUAUGUACUCGAUACUCAAUGCUAUCAGUCUCCUCCUCUGAUUGGAGCAUAUUGCAUAGGCUUUUAGUGUUAUAAUUGCUAUUAUAAAUGCAAGACUUGUUCUGGGUUCUUAAAGUAAUUAAUGUUUAUCUUGUUAUGA